UCUUCCUCCUUCCUUCCGCUCUCUCUUCACUAGAGAAACCCUAGCCCCUUCCUUCUCUCUCUCUCUCUCUCUGCAUAGUCUGGUCAUCGAAAAUGAUGGGCGAAGUAGUGAAUCCGAAGGCUUAUCCUCUCGCGGACGCCCAGCUCUCGAUCACCAUCCUCGACCUGGUCCAGCAGGCUGCCAAUUACAAGCAGCUCAAGAAGGGCGCUAACGAGGCUACCAAGACGCUGAAUAGGGGCAUCUCCGAGUUCGUAGUGAUGGCUGCGGACACCGAGCCGCUCGAGAUCCUCCUCCAUCUUCCGUUGCUUGCUGAGGAUAAGAAUGUGCCCUAUGUGUUUGUGCCUUCAAAACAAGCACUUGGCCGUGCAUGCGGGGUCACAAGACCUGUCAUUGCCUGUUCCGUGACCACAAAUGAAGGAAGCCAGUUAAAAUCUCAGAUACAGCAACUCAAGGAUGCAAUCGAGAAGCUCUUGAUUUGAAUCUUUGUGAAGUGCGAAUCGGCAUGAUGGGCCUCUUGACUCGGUUGCGCUUUGGGAGGCUUUGACUGAAAUAGUUGCUAUUAGAGAGAGAUUGUGUGCUUCUCGGGGCUUUUCUUCUUUCUUCUUGUUCUACUUAAUAUGACAAUAAUCCUUCUGUAUCAUUUGAGCAUCAAAUUCGUGAGCAUGUGCUUUGGGUUCGACUCAUAUCUUGUUGAAGUUGGUAUUGAACUAGGCACUAAGCCAAUGGUAUGAUAGCGUGUAUGUCAUUUGCAACUCU